AUGGCUUCCUCAUACUCUGCACAGCCCGCCCCCAUGGACGAUCCCGACCAUGGCUGGAAGCCGAACAAACGUCCUCAAUCCACCAUAGCGCGCAACUUCAUGACCGAGCUCGACAGCCUGUUCAAGUUGGAUGGCGGCAUCGAGGACCUCGACCGGACAGUGCAUGAAAAGAAGGCAGCUGUCAGCACCCAGACCAAGGAACUCGAGGCCCUCGAAGCAAGACUGCGCGCUGCCGAAGAGCGUCUCAACCAGGCAAAGGGCAACUCCCCACCAGCCAAGAGCUGCACCCAGCAAACUACCCAGAAAGACGAGGCACAACCACAGGCGCCCGAGAGCCCUCUUGCGCAAAAGACGCCAAACAUGCCAGGUGCGAUUCCACAAAUACCGACCCCUUCAUCGACCACCAGCGCUGACUAUGUCCUCGUAGAGAGGCCAUCUCCUGCUAAACCCGAGGCCGCAUAG